AUGGCCGAGCAAUUCAUUGCCCCAGCGGCCUCUCCCAGUGCCAUGCCCUCCACCGAGAACAAGGAAAGGGAUGACAUGACGAACAGCAUCGAGAACGGCCAGAAUUCCCAAUGUGGUUCAGAGGAAAAGGCCUCUCCACGGCAAAUGCAUGGUUUCAAGUGGUUCCUCGCCAUCGUAGGCCUCCUCGCCUCCCUCCUCCUCUACGCUCUCGACACCACCAUCGUCGCGACCAUCCAGCCGGCCAUCGUCACCGACUUUGGCAGGGUCGACCUGGUCCCCUGGCUGGCCGCGGCCUUCGCGCUGGCCUCGGCCGCCAGCACGCUGCCCUGGUCCAAGGCCUACGGCACCUUUUCGGCCAAGAAGCUCUUCGUCGGCGGCACGACGCUCUUCAUGGCCUCGUCGGCCCUGUGCGGCGCCGCGCCCAACAUCAACGCCUUCGUCGUCGGCCGUGCGCUCCUGGGCAUCGGCGGCACCGGCAUGUACCUCGGCAUCAUGACCAUCCUCUCGGUGAACACGAGCGAGGUGGAGCGGCCUCGGUACCUGAGCAUGACGGGCUUCUUUUGGGGCGUCGGUACCGUGCUGGGCCCGGUGGUCGGUGGCGCUUUUGCUGAGAGUGCUGCGACGUGGAGGUUUGCCUUCUACAUCAAUCUCAUUGUCGGUGCGGUAAUGGCCCCCAUCUACAUAUUCAUCCUCCCCGACUAUCACCCUCAGCCCGGGGUCCCGCUGCUCGAACGGCUGGCGCAGAUCGACUACCUGGGUGCCCUUCUUUCGGCGUGCGCCUUCAUGUGCGUGAUGAUGGGCAUGAACUUUGGAGGCGUCCUUUGGGCUUGGAACGAUGGCCGCAGCAUCGCCUUGUUUCUCUUGGCCGUUGUCAUAUUUGUCGUCUGGGUCUUUCAGCAGGUCUUUUUGUUUCGGACAACCUUUGAGUACCGCAUGUUUCCGAUGCACUUUUUCAGAAAUCGGACAAUGGUGCUCAUCUUCAUCAUCAUGUUGUUUUCUACUUUCGGCGGUUUUAUUAGCAUCUACUACCUGCCGCUGUACUUUCAACUGAUCCGAGGAGCGACGGCCAUGGAAACAUCGCUGUACCUGCUGCCCUUUAUCAUAUUUCUCUCGGGGUUUGUACUCGUCAAUGGGCACUUUAUGGCCAAGACGGGCUACUAUUACCCCUGGUACAUCUUUGGAGCCGCUCUCAACAUCAUUGGCGGUGCACUCUUGUACACGGUCGACGAAUCAACCACAAUGGCCAAGAUCUACGGCUACACCAUCAUCCUCGGCGCCGGCGCAGGCUGCUACGCCCAGGCCGGCUUCCCGGUUGCGCAGGUGACGGUCGACCCCAAGGACAUACCGUACGCCGUGGGCUUCAUGACGGUCAGCCAGAUGAUGGGCAUCUCGAUCGGCACGGGCAUGUCCGGAGCGCUUUUUGUCAAUUAUGCCCACGCCGGCCUCGAGCGCAUCUUUCCGGACUCGCCCGCCGCGGACAUCGCCUCCGCCGUCAGCGGUGUCAGCAGUGAGCUGCUUGCUGCCGCCGAUGCCGAGACCCAGGCCCGUGCCAUCAGCGCCAUCGCCGACGCUCUGCAGAACGCCUUUGUGCCCAUCGUGGUGGGUGCUGCGAUUUCCUUCUUGUUGAGCCUCUUUCUGAAGCGAGAAAAACUGUUUGGGGGAAAGGAGCAGCCGGCGGUGAUGUUUUGA